GAUAGGAAUUGUGAGCACGGAGGCCUGAGGAGGGUGAGAGCCAGUGUAGACGACCCAGCCACUCUACCUAUCCUCUGUCUGAGUACUUUGGGGAAAGGCUGCCAGUCAGCAGGGCCGGGAGCCACCUACCUUAGGGCCCCCACCUGCCUGCCCCUCCUUGCCAUUCAGUGCCUGCUAAGAACGGGAAUCGAGAACCGGCGAGGGAGAGAAGAAAUGGAGCCAGACAAGAUUCAGAUAAAGCUUGACCCCAGGUACACGGCAGAUCUUGUGGAAGUACUGAAAACCAAUUACAACAUCCCCUCUGCCUGCUUCUCUCUCCCUCCCACUGCGGCCCAACUUCUGAGAGCACUGGGCCCUGUGGAAAUUGCCCUCACGGUCAUCAUGACGUUGCUUGCCUUGGGCUCAAUUGCCAUCUUCCUGGAGGAUGCCAUCUACCUGUACAAGAACACCCGUUGCCCCAUCAAGAGGAGGACGCUGCUGUGGAUCAGCUCUGCACCCACGGUGGUGUCUGUGUUCUGCUGCUUUGGUCUCUGGAUCCCUCGUUCCCUCAUGCUCGUGGAAAUGGCCAUAACCUCGUUUUAUGCGGUGUGCUUUUACCUGCUGAUGCAGGUCAUGGUGGAAGGCUUUGGCGGGAAGGAGGCAGUAGUGAGGACACUGAAGGACACACCGAUGAUGAUCCAUACGGGCCCCUGCUGCUGCUGCUGCCCCUGCUGCCCCAAACUCAUGCUCACCAGGAAAAAGCUUCAGCUGCUGAUGUUGGGCCCAUUCCAGUAUGCCUUCUUCAAGAUAAUGCUGGGCCUGGUGGGCCUGUUUCUCAUCCCUGACGGCAUCUAUGACCCAGCAGAUAUUUCUGAGGAGAGCACAGCUCUAUGGAUCAACACUUUCCUCGGUGUAUCCACCCUGCUGGCUCUCUGGACCCUGGGCAUCCUUUUCCGUCAAGCCAAGCUGCACUUGGGCGAGCAGAACAUAGGAGCCAAAUUUGUUCUAUUCCAGGUGCUGCUCAUCCUGACUGCCCUGCAGCCAUCCAUCUUCUCAGUCUUGGCCAAUGGUGGGCAGAUUGCUUGUUCGCCUCCCUUUUCCUCUAAAAUCAGGUCUCAAGUGAUGAAUUGCCACCUCCUUGUACUGGAGACUUUUCUGAUAACUGUGCUGACACGAAUAUACUACAGAAGGAAAGACGACAAUGUUGGAUAUGAAUCUUUCUCUUCUCCAGACCUGGAUUUGAACCUCAAAGCCUGAGGCGGAUGGCUUGGACAAUGAAAGAGAUACUGUACCCAUGAGAUGGGCACAAGAUUUCUUUACUGUCCCUCAAUACUGACCAAAUGGGAAAGAUUCCAUUGUCAGUACAAGCUGGCGAAUUACAUUUGACUAUAGAGAUGAAGGUGAAUUCUGUAAUAGG